CACUAAUAAUGAUCUUCUAGAUGUACCAAAUAUUUAAACCCUAGACAGAAACAGUAGACAUUAAUCUGUGCAGCAGUAAACAUGCUUGAACAGAAAAUACACUUACAAUUUUUUAAUUACAUUGGAAUAAUCCUGGCAACAUUGUUGCUUUUUUAUUUAUACUGUCGCUACAAACUAAGCUACUGGAAAAAACGCGGAGUGUCUCAAUUUCGCCAGACAAACCUAAUUUUCGGCGAUUACAAAAAUGGAAUACUGUUCCGCACUGCGCCUGGCUACCAUUUGGCGGAACUGUACCAUGAGGUGCCGGAAAAUGUUCCAUAUAUCGGAUUCUAUAUUUUCCACAAGCCCUGCCUUUUGUUGAAGGAUCCAAAAAUAAUAAAGCAAAUCCUGUUCCGUGAUUCUGAAAAUUUCAACGAUCGAUACUUCGCAGGAUCGCCGCAGAAAGACAGCUUUGGGAUGAAAAAUUUGUUCGGAUUAAAGAAUCCUACGUGGAAAUACGUGUGGAGCAAAACUGUUCCAUCAUUCGGCCGGAAGAACGUGAGGCAGAUGGUUCCGUUGAUGAUGGAAACUGGGGAACCUAUGAUGGAAUUCCUGAGGAACGAACCUGCCGAUAAUCGGGGAGUAAAAAUUAUUGACGCUCAGGAUUUGAAUUACAAAUAUGGAGCGGAUCUUAUAGGCAAUAUUGCACUUGGAGUUAAGACUGAUUCUUUUAAGUAUCCAGAUUCUGACUACACCAAAUUCCUUAUGAGCUUCUUCCGAGGAUUUAAACGCAUGAUAGCAUUGGUCACGGUGUUCUUCAUACCCAAACUUGUAGAAAUAAUUGGUUGCAAAAUAUUAUUCGACUCGACAUACUUGCAAAAUAUUUUCCAAAAGUCUAUCAAAUCUCGAGAAGAAAGCGGUGGUAAAAGAGGAGAUUACGUUGAUUCGAUCAUUGAGUUAAAAAAUGAUAAGCAAAAUCCUCUUUGGAAAUUCGAAGGUGAAAAUCUUUUCUUCCAAUCAGGAUUAUUCUUCUCCGGAUUCGAAUCAAGUACUACAACAGCAACUGUGGUCUUGAUGGAGUUGGCACAGAAUAAAGAGUAUCAAGACCGCGCCCGAGAAGAUGUUAAAAAAGCCGUUGCUGAGCAUGGAUGGACUUUCGAAGCUUUUGAUAAUAUGAAGUACUUGGAUCUCUGUAUCGCUGAAGGUGUCCGAUUGUACCCUCCUGUUGUCCACCUUGAUCGGUGCACUCGCCAGGAUUACAAAGUACCCGACACGAAUCUUGUUCUAAAAAAAGGGACUCCUAUUUUUGUAUCGGUAUACGGUUUGCAUACUGAUCUAAAGCACUUUGAAAACCCGAGAAGUUUUAUCCCCGAACGAUUUAGUGACGCUGCCAAUUUAAAUGACGCCUAUUUUCCGUUCGGCGGAGGACCCAGAAUGUGCAUCGGUAAAAAAAUCGGACAGAUGCAUGUAAAAGUCGUGCUUUCCAAGAUUUUGGCUGAGUAUGAAAUCUAUCGGAACCCAGAAGAAAUGUAUGACGUGGACAGACGGUCAACUUUCACUGCAUCUGCCAAUGGAGUCAAUAUUGAAUUCAUACCAUUGAAAAAAUGCUGCAAUAAAUUUAUUGAUCUAUGAAUGCGUUCCAAAUUUUUUAUUAAAUUUAAUUAUGUAUAGUUUUUUAAUUAAGGUAAUAAAAAGCUUGAUCUGGUGAUUUUAGUUACAAAAAUGUUUCAUUUCACCUAAUUGUUGAAUAUAUAUUCUUUAUACAUCAUGGGGAAAGUCUAUGUAAAAUUUUCAACAAAUCAACUUUUUUUUUUUUUUUUAUCUGAAAAUUCAAUAUGUUGAGCAUGUACUGACGAG